AUCAUACCAGGUCUGACACUGCUGGUUAUAUGGACUGUUCCGGACCUACAAACUGGAGAGAUACAGCACCAUACUAUACAACGGCAGGACCAGAAAGCGUGUCGGGAAUAUAGAGCAGAGAAAAGGGUUAUUCAUUCUGCCUGAUGAGACUCUUAUGUUCGAAUUACACAAAAGCUGUUUUCAACUGUAACUGACUCGGAGUCUAACUGGUGCCUGUUUUCACUAUACCUAAGUCAUACACAUAUGUACAAUAGAUAGGCAUAUUCCAGUGCGUACAAUAGCUAAUUACUGGAUUAUAAGAUUCGUGUGUACCCAUGUGACACGCGUUGUGGUUUUUUAUGAAUGAACGUUCGGGUUUGCUGCACGCGCACUUGUGUUUCGUACGUAUCAGUGUGUCUGUGUUGUAGCUACCGUAUACACGUACUCAUCCAUCUGCCAUCACAGCCUGGGGUUUACCAUUACUGUAACUACUCUGGAGUUUUCUCAUGUCACCGUCAUAACCAGACCUGGAUGGGUGCGGUAGGGAGACGGAACCGUUUUGGAUACGAAUUGUGAUACGAUGACCACGAAGCACGCACGCAACUCGCCAUGGUGUAUUUACCAAAUCUAAACACAAUGGUGACUGCAAUCCUUUGGGUGGUGAACUUGACCCUCGGCUACUGUCCAGAUGACCUACUUAGCGAGGUGUUUACCUGCCUACAUAAUCUCACAUACGGAAACGGAGACAGCAUGCUCAUCACAGGCGCAGACGCAGACCGCAUGCAACGUCACUGCCGACACGGCGACCUAGACGAUUCAGUUGAUUGCCUUAAUAAAAUAUACAGUCAAUGUACCAGCCCUAGAGACUUUGAAAGGUUACGCAAAUUUGCCGACCCGGACGCUUGGAGGUCGGGAUUCCAACGAUUUUGCAGCAAUACAGAUUUCUAUGUGGAGCGUCGGACAUGCGUUACAAAAUUAGACAAAGAACUUGAAAAAUGUAUAAAACGACACGAAGAAUUCACUAUACAAUCGUCCGAAAAAAUGACCACAUACUCCAAUGAUGAAGUUGAAGAGCGUGAAAAUCAUAGAAUAGAACAGAUUUGUCGGUUUUUCCAUGGUGCGAAUCAAUGCUUGAAUUCGGAUAUUGGGUCCAGAUGUGGCCCGGAGAUUAGUGCCAUCCUGUCGGACUUCGCGGGGGGUAUUAUGCCACCCGUAUGUAGGGGGUUUACAUUCGAUACAUCAUCAGCAUCGCAUACAGAGUUAUCUUCCCUUGGAAUUUUAUUUAUUUUUCUGAUUUUGAUAUUUCAUAAAUUCAUGGUAUAAUUUAGGCGCUUUUGAUAUUUAUACGAGUCUUCAUGGUAUCAUUAUUUUUCUAUAACACGACCGCCAUUGCUCUGCACCAGGAACUUUGAACCUAUUGCUCAAAGUCAACUGGGACCAUUUAAUGGACCUACUACACAGUUUCACCAUCAUCGCUUCAUGUGAGCUUUUGGGUGUAAAACAAUACAGCUCUUGUGUUCAUAUUAUGUGAAAUGUGAUUUUUUCUUAUCGUGACACUGAAAUCAAUUUUCUUUACUCAAUUCAAAUAGUGUUGUGUUGUGGAAAAGUUGAAGAAAAAAUCUCGUUUGGAAUUUUCUUUAGUGUGGAAGGAUAUGAAUGGAUCCCUCGCUUUUAAAUGGAUAAGAAUAUUGUUCAUAAUCUUAUAAAUGACACGAGACAAACGGAGUACUGUUGAACCGUCGAGUUAAGCGGGAACUACCACUGUGUGAGAAUGUGAUGACUGAAUCUAAAUAUCUCUGUAUCCAUGUGUGUUGAACGAAAUUUGUAUCGAUCUAGAUCGGCUGUGUUCGUGUGUAGGUCAAAUAAUCGUUAUAAAAACGAUUACUACAAAAACACGGCACGACAUAUCCGUUUAAAGACAUCAAAAGAAAUACAAAACUUCUGCAGUAAAAUGCAAAUUCUGAAGAUUCACAUAUCACGUGACUAUUAUUUUACCACGGAAACAGUCAAAUUUCUACAUCGUCGUUGUCUGGAAAUUGGAAACAAAAUGUUUGAAAUGGAGUUUCAAAUCCGGACUAAAUAGAUAGAGCUGGACCGCGAAAGAACUGGUUGUAUGCUGGUCGAGCUCAAUGGAUGAAAAAUACAGCACUGCUCUCGGCUGCUGUUCGGUAUUGUAGAAUCCCUGUGUUGGAGUUGACGAAAGCCUUCCCUGUGGGCAAUGUAACCUAGAUGGGACACGCGAAACUCCCCUGUACGAGCUGUGAUGUCAAUAUACUUGUCUAUCAGAGAAUUUCUGGAGCGUACACGGUCUCGAAAUCAAAGCCUGCCGAUCUUCCCCUUCGAGAGUGACCACCUCCUGCUAUUUAUAAACUUAAGUUAAUCACUCUUGCUCGGCCAAAGUGAGACAUCCAUUCAUUAUCACAAUGGGUAGAUACUGACAAAAAGUCGAUUUGGAAAUAUAUUCCCAAUGAUAUUUAUGAAAACAGAAAUAUAAAAACUGAGUUACCCCGUUUUUUCCAAACAUCAAUUUUCCGAGGGUUAUUUUUCACCGAAAAAUUCCUCUUAAUUAAUAUUUAAUUCAAGGACAGCUUUUCAUAUGCUAUUUCCUGAACACUUCAUGUUUUUUAAUAUCUUAAAUUAAAGUGAUUAAAAAUUCAUUUAUUUUUAUCAUUAGGAAUGGUUUCAAUGAUUCUGUAAGGAUUUUUAGUGUAUAGAUAUAUAAUACCAGGCUGUUCCGCUGAUAAUUGUACUGGACGCGUGAGCUUAGCAAUGUUACAGACAAGAGAAUAUCUACAUAUGAUUAAAAGUCAUCUUAUUUUAAUUUGACCUUAAAGAUCAAAGUUCAGACUUGUAUCUAGUGAACUCACGAGAUGUAAAAUUGAUAUUUUUGUUUUUGUUUUUAUGUAUUUCUUUUCCUUCAGUUUUUUUCGUACUGGGUUGCAUUAUAAAGAAGACUCGGCACAUGAUAGCAUGUGCACAGCGCCAGUUGUACGACUGGUGGGCCGUGAAAUGUGUUAAAUCUAGUCUUGUAUUGUCACAUGUUAAACACGUGUUUCCCAGUCAGGGCACGUGUUUCCUAGUCAGGACACGUGUUGAAACAUUCUCUAUCUACAGGUUGUUGUUUUCGGAUUUUAAUUGCUGUUUUAUAUGAGGGAAUGGCUUGGUGAAAUAAGGUGAUGUUUUACCAUAUAACUGGCCUGUUAUUUUAUGUGGCCAUAUCAUAAAUGUCGUAAAACCUGUGUAAUAACACUGUUGUGACGUCAUACAUAAGUCAUGUCAAAAUGACGUCACAUGACUGUCUCAUUAGUAAACCAUUGUAUUGUCCGAGUCGAAAAUAAGCCUGUUGUAUAGGAAAAUUGAUUUGAGAGUUUUCGCUUAUUUUGCAGAAAUACUGGUUAUAUGAUAAAUAGAAUCUCACAUUCGUGUCGACGUAUUAUGGAAUUUAUUCAAAUUUUCACAUAAUUUUAUAUGUCACGAGUCUAAUUAUUGAAGACGUUGGAUGGUUUUCAUCACCACUUGUUUGUGUAAGAUCCUCUAUCAGCACCAAUAUCGAAUAAAAAACGACCCGUGAUACACAGCAAAUAAAUCGAGGACCUUUAAACCGGAAAUAUUAUAAAAUUUUCUAGGAAAUCUAAGACAUGUUUACUGAACAAUUUAGAUAUUAUAAUCAAAUUAAAUCACUAUAACGAUUGUAGUCUUUCAACCACAAAUAAAUAAAUAAAUAAAUAAAUAAAUAAAUAAGCACGUGUAACUCGCAUAGAAUUCAUAUUGACAAUGAAUACAAAUUGACAGCCGGUCCAUGACUAUUUAUUUACAUGUAUGUGAUUAUAAAGUGCGAAUAUUUUGGAAAUAAUGACGAAACAAUGAAUAAUUUUGGAAAUUUCAAAUUGUUGCACAUUUCCCCUGUAAAUAAUGUUGUAUAAUCAUUUUUAAACUGAUGGCAGGUUCCGUAAGUGAGACCCGUGGAUUGUGUAGAUUUGAUAAACUUUUGACCACUGUUGGACAUCCACCCAUCCAAAAGGAUAUUCACUAUAAAGGUACUACUGUACAAUCGAGCAUACAAUGACACAUGUUUAUAAAACAUUCUCUCUCGUUUUCUCUUUGGUUAACAUUCCAGAUAUAUACACCUAUGACUGUCGAACUCUAGAUGAUAUCUAACACAAAAUCAUUGAGGUUGUCUGACGUAACUUUUCUUAUGCUACAUGAGUCGUUAUUCGUCUGAUCUAACUUUAAGUACCCGUGAAGUAUAUAGAGAUAUUAUUUAAGUCUCUGAGCUUACAUACAAGACGAUGCACUAAUACUCUACUAACUACUGACAGAUAAGACUGUUCCAAGUGACAGGAAAUAGGUAAAAUCAGGAGCAAUCAAAGAUCUGAUCGUCGGGCAAAUUCAAACGAAAUGAAGUGAAUGUAAUUACCUGUAAAAUAAAGAAACAGACAUUGGAUCAGAAGAGUAAGUCAAACUACGAAAGUAAUGACACAUCUGAUUACUUAACUGUGUACAACACGAAUGAUAGCACGUUUGUUGGUAAAUAUGUUCUCAGGAGCACACAGCACUAUUUUACUAAUUUCACGGCCUACUUUCUUAGUUAUCUAUCCUAAAAUCUUUUUUACAAUAAACACGUAUAGUAUUUGGUGUUCCCUGGAAAAUAAAAAAAACCAAUAUGUAAUAUUUCAUCAGUCAAUUCCAGUUAAAAUUCAAUAAUACUGUUUUCAGAGAUUUAUAAGUUGAAAUAAAUCUUAUUUUGCAGUAGUCACAUUUUAUAAUUUACCAAAAUAUAAAUAAUUUGGAUUUUUUUUCUCGUCACAGAGGAAAAAAUGAUAUUAACCGUUAUAUAAGACGGUAGUUAGACUGACGCACGUUAUGUAGGACGGUAAUUACACUGACGUACGUUAUAUAGGACGGUAAUUACAUUGACGUACGUUAUAUAAGACGGUAAUUACAUUGACGCACGUUAUAUAGGACGGUAAUUACACUGACGCACGUUAUAUAGGACGGUAAUUACACUGACGCACGUUAUAUAGGACGGUAAUUACAUUGACGCACGUUAUAUAAGACGGUAAUUACAUUGACGCACGUUAUAUAAGACGGUAAUUACAUUGACGCACGUUAUAUAGGACGGUAAUUAAAUUGACGUACGUUAUAUAGGACGGUAAUUACAUUGACGUACGUUAUAUAGGACGGUAAUUACAUUGACGUACGUUAUAUAAGACGGUAAUUACAUUGAUAAACGUUAUAUAGGACGGUAAUUACAUUGACGUACGUUAUAUAAGACGGUAAUUACAUUGAUAAACGUUAUAUAAGACGGUAAUUACAUUGAUAAACGUUAUAUAGGACGGUAAUUACAUUGACGUACGUUAUAUAAGACGGUAAUUACAUUGAUAAACGUUAUGUAGGACGGUAAUUACACUGACGUACGUUAUAUAAGACGGUAAUUACAUUGAUAAACGU